AACAGCAUUCGAAGAUUUUUUGCGGUUAUUAAAAAAAUUUCAACAUCGCGGUUGUUUUUAAUUAUUAUUGUCACCAAUAACGUGUAGGGGUAAUAAUAUAAAUUUAAAAUAUUGGAAAGUUGACAAAAACACUGAAACACAAUGGCAGACAUGUUUAACCCCAAUUUAGAGAAAAUCUUUGAAAGCGUGAAUAGUACUAUUCGAUUGGCUUCUGAGUUUGGAGAUCCAGAACAGCAAAACAUAAAGCCAUACGCUGCGCUAGCGGAAAAAUUAGUGGGUGUCGAGGCAAAAUUUAACAUUCACAACAAAGCUCUUCGGGAAUGCAUGAAUGAAAUAACAUUGGAGGAAUUUGAUCGCCGGUACCAAUCAAACAUCUCUGCCAGCAAGAGCAACGUGAAAGCUUUGAAACGCUACAAGGAUUUCAUCGCCCAAGCCAAAAUGUUACUAUCUGAUAAUGAUGAUAACGCUCAGGACGUCGACGAAGACCUGCAAGUUGAGGAUACUAUUUGCGACAUCGAUCCGAUUACGAAGCGUCCACUUGAAAUACCGGUGCGCAACAAAAAAUGCAAUCACGUAUACGAGAAGGCUUCGAUCGAAAUGUUGAUCAAAAAUAAUCCACGAACAAGAUGUCCAGUUAUGGGAUGUGCGGCUAAUCAGUAUGUGACUUUGACUGAUUUGGAGGAAGACAAAAUGCUGCAGCACAAGCUAAUGCUUCAGCGCCGCAGAAGCUCAGAUUGAAUGCGAAUACUAUAUACCUGACCAAAACUCAUUGAACUAAAAAUCUUUUUUGUUACUUUCACACGCACCGGUUGCCAGCGAUAUGGAUUAUUUAAUAAAGACUGACUAAUUUUAACAAA